AUGAACUUGAAUAUUAUUCAUUACCCAAAAGAUUUAAAAAAAAUUGAAGAGUUCUUAGUAACUUGUGAGUUGUUGGAUUUUGUAAAUAACCACACGGCUGAUGCUGCUGAUGGUAGAUUGAGAGGAUUUUUGAAAGAUCGGUUCAAAUAUGAGAAGGAGAAGUGUUUAAUGUUUGCUAGUGGUAGGGAUUUGAUAGGAAAAAGAAUGCGACUUACUUUGGAGUAUCACUCUCCUAAUGAUUGGAUUUCUGAGAGUUGUUUACCACUCACACAUUCUGUUUCAUUUUCUGUUGGUUCGAGAGUGGAUGUGAAGGAUUACUAUGCAGAGUUUAAGGAACCUAGAUCAUACAAGAUUAUGAAUUUUAAUUUUUAUAUGGAACAACAUUUAGUGAAAGAUGUGGAAGGGAAUGUACACUACAACUCGGAUGAUAGGUGCUUGGAUAGCCCAAAUACUGUUUUAAUAAGGAGAAAUGAUACAGAGUUUUCAAAGAGCUCAAUUAUUUCAGUUGGUAACAUGUUCAGAAUAUUGAAGGAGGGGGAUGUUGAUACAUAUAAGCUCCAGCAAGUGAUGACAAUUAGAGAUGACAUGAAAGAAUGUUUGAUUCUUAAGGCAUCGGAUUCAAAUGGAGAGAUUGAUAUUGAAAUGUUAUUUGAAAAGGGAAAACUCUUAUUUGAAAUUGGUAGUGGAAUGUUAGGAGCAACUCUCCAAGAGAGGUAUUAUAACUUGGAUGAUGACGUUUGCUGUACUCUUUAUGUAAAAGGAGAAAAUAUGUUAAAUGAGCUAGUGUGGAAGGGAGAUAUAAUUUCUAAAGAUCGUUCCAAUGAGAGAUUAACCAUUGGAAAGUUUACUUUGUGUGAAGAUACUACUCAAUAG